UUGUGGUCGAGCAGAAGUUCUGCGAUCCUAUCAUGCCCAUUCUCGAUGGCCAACUGCAACGGCGUCCUCCCCAGCGAGUCUGCGAUAUCCACGACGGCAUGUGCAUUCAACAAGGCUUCCACGGCCUCCACCUGUCCGUACUUCGUGGCGUACCACAACGGCGUCCGCAUUGCGCCGUCUGUGGCGUUGACAAGUGCACCGGCAUCGAGGAGCGACAGUGCUACGGCUACGUUGCCGAGCCUUGCUGCCCAAUGCAGAGCCGUCUUGCCAGCACAAUCUUGG